AUGCGUGAGUGUUCAAUCAGUGUGGCCAAGCAUAUACUGAAAAGACGACUCGCCAGAGAAGAGUGGAGUCUAGCCCAAUGGCUAGUCAAAAAUCUUGGCCAAACUCAGACCGAUGAAUUCCUGAAACUACCCAUAACUCAAAACCGCUCAAAACUUCCCUUUCACAACAAUCGUUCGUUCUUGCAAAGGAUUGAUGAACUCCCGCAUGGUCCAGCGUGGAGUUGUAAUAUGGUUACCGUGCGCGGUAAUCGUGAGGACGAGAAUGGAGAGUUAUUGGAAGAACAAGUCGAACUAUGGAGUCAAGAUCCAGUUGAAUGUGUGAAGGAGUUGAUUGGGAACCCUUCUUUCCAGGCGGAUAUGGCCUAUAACCCAGCCAGAGCUUUUUCAGAUCCUGUGGGGGAGCAUAGAGUUAUUGAUGAAAUGUGGACGGCAGAUUGGUGGGCGGAGAAACAGAAAGCUUUACCUGAUGGUGCCACAAUAGCUCCCAUCAUUCUAGCAUCUGACAAAACCUCGUUGUCCCAAUUUCGAGGGGACAAGACUUCGUGGCCGGUGUAUAUGUCUAUCGGCAACAUUGCCAAAGCAAAAAGGCGUCAGGCGUCUGCACGAGCAACUGUGCUCAUUGGGUACUUACCCGCAGGUAAACUCGACUGCUUUACUCCUGAUGCACGCUCCUUAGCUGGGCAUAGACUCUUCCAUCAUUGCAUGAGUCUGCUUCUUCAUCCUCUCAUCGCCGCUGGAAAUGAUGGUGUGGAUAUGGUAUGCGCAGACUCAUGGAUUCGACGUGUCUAUCCGAUUCUGGCCGCAUAUGUCGCAGAUUUCCCGGAGCAGUGUUUGGUGUCCUGUUGUAAGGAGAAUCGAUGUCCGAAGUGCCUCAUGGGAGCGAAGGAGCGAGGAGAGGUAUUGGACUCAGAGAUGCGUGAUCCUGAGUCCACAAAAAUUAUAUUGGAAAGGCGCAAGAACGGUCAGCACCCACCAGAAUUCGAGGAGAAUGGGCUAUGCGCCAUUUACAAACCGUUCUGGGCUGACAUGCCUCACUCCGACAUUUUCCUCGCAUUCACACCGGAUCUGUUGCACCAAAUUCAUAAAGGCGUGUUCAAGGAUCACCUAGUUAAAUGGUGUGUUGAGAUUAUCGGGGAGGAAGAAAUGGACGCACGAUUCAAGGCUAUCCCUGACUAUCCCGGACUUCGCCACUUCAAAAAGGGUAUAUCAACUGUGAAGCAAUGGACGGGAAGUGAGCAUAAAGAAAUGCAAAGAGUUUUUAUAGGCUUACUUGCUGGAGCAGUGCCUAGUCGGGUAUUGGUGGUGGCGCGUUCAAUUCUCGAUUUCUCGUAUUACGCUCAGCUGCAAAUUCACACGGCCGAUUCGCUUGAGGCUCUACAGGCUGCGUUGUCAGGAUUUCACGCAAAUAAGGAUGUCCUCAAGGAACUCGCGAUACGUGAUCAUUUCAAUAUACCCAAAUUACACCAACUCACCCAUUAUGCCCAGUCCAUUUCAUUGUUUGGUGCAGCUGACAGGUUUAACACAGAACUCCCUGAGCGUUUGCAUAUAGAUUUUGCAAAAGAGGCUUACCGUGCUAGCAAUAAACGAGAUUACAAGCAACAGAUGGUUUUGUGGCUUCAACGCCAGGAAGCCGUCUUCUCACGCGGCAAAUACAUUGAUUGGCUAUUGCAAGAGCCUGCAGGUGGGACGGACUCGCGCUCGCACUCCGUUUCGGAUUCAGAUUCAGAAUCGGACUCAAGGUUAGAAGAAGCAGAGGCUGCCAUUACUCGUGCGACACCCGCAAAUAAAUUUGCAGCGACUCACAUCCUCGCCAAGAUACCUUCGCAUCCACACCAAUCCGUUCAAAAUCUGGUCCACGCACAUGGUGCAACAGAUUUUCUCCCAGCUCUCCAAUCAUUCCUUGACACAAAUCUCCCGAAUAACACCAUCGUUCCAGGCGUUCACGACCGUUUCGAUAUCUAUAGUCAAGUCGUCAUCGUGACACCACCUGCUUUUCAAGUUAGCGAGUUUUCAAUGUCCAGCCGGGUUAGAGCAACACCAGAGAAACUUGCUUCAGGACGAAAACCUGGUAUUCCUCCUCGAUUCGACAUGGCGUUGAUAUCGAAUGGUCCUCACACUUCACACCUGCGUACUCUUGAUGGUAAGCUUCAUUCUUCUGCUGCAGGUUUGCGAGUGGGUCAAGUCCGUGCUAUAUUCUCUCUCCCUCGUCAAUUUGGCGAAUACCGAAGAGCCCUAGCUUAUGUAGAAUGGUUCACACCUUUCCGAGCUCGUGACCCUUCAUCUCGGAUGCGACAAGUGUCGCGCUCGACACGCCAAUUUCGCCGCAAUGCGGCAGUCAUUCAUGUUGAUGAUAUCGUGCGACCGUGCCAUCUCAUACCGAAGAUGGGAGUGUCUGUGGCCCAGAGGUUGAUAGGUGGGAAUGCAUAUGAAGCAGCUAAUGAUUUUUAUCUUAAUGAUUUUAUCGACGGUGAAAUGUUUUGUGCAUCUGUUACAAUUAUUUAG